CGCGCGCGGGCGCGCUCACGUGGAGACCGUUGAGCGCCAGGGCCGCGCCGAGACGCCAGGGAGCGCGCAGACGCUUAGUGCCCCACCUACCUACCCCCGCCUACCCUGCCUGUCUGUCUGAGCGGGUAUUGUUACCCGUCUGAUUUGAGUGGCCAGGCGGGUGGAAGGCAGGUUCUUCUGCGCAGGCGUGCCCAGUGUCCCGACGCCUGGCUGUCUGCGGGGUGGGGCGGAGGCUCGUGCCCCUGCCUGCAAAUCCUGGCCGGCGACCUGGUUUGCCAGACGGGUAGGAAAGGCCUCCGGAUGUACUGCCUGGCGGGAUGAAUGGAGGAUCGGCUGCCCUGCGGGAUGGAAUCGGGUGGCUUUCUUGCCCUCAUCUUGGGUCUUCUUGAGCGACGAGGUUUCAUUUCAUCAGUGGAAGGCCACAGGCAGUCUGGAUUCCGGAGUUGGAGGCAGACGCUGGAAGGGUGAAGUGUUUUGGAAUGCCUCAACGUGUUAUGAGAGGACUAAAGUGUUUAAUAGGCAUUUAUUAAAUGCCAACUACUUCCAGGCUUCGUGCAAGGAGCUACAGGAGAUGCGGUGCUAAGAGACCGCCAUCCCAUCCUCUCCAUCUCUUUGGAGGACAGAUUUGUGCAUGAGUACACAAGGCAGUGAAUUAAGGGUGGUUAAAGCCCCCCCCCCCUUUAAAAUAGCCGUUUACUAUUGUAGAAACUAAUUCCUGAGCAGAAGGCAAAUUUUAAAUAUUUGGAGGAAAAUGUUUGGGUAAAUGCACAGUAAAGUCUUAAUUACUAAAUAGUAGUAGCUCUAGUUCAGAUUAAUUUGAAUUACCAGAAUAAGCUCUUCACCUUCAAGAAUUUAAACAAAAAUAUUUCAAAUACUUGUCCAUGCAUUUUUGAGUUGCAGUAAGUGGAAGAUUUCACAUACAUUUGAAUCUUUAGAGGGUGAAGACAAUACUGUGCCUUAACAACUGAUUUGUUGUUCUUGUAUGGAAUGUUGUGCCUUAGAUAGUUUCAAAAGGUGGAGUGGGCAUGUGAUUAUUUUUCUGAGAAAUUUGCUUUGCAUUUGCUUCGUUUUCGUGGUAAAGGCGGUUGGCAGUAGUCUAGUAGAGGGAAGAGAUCAGAUAGCCAGAGGAGAAGGAUUUUAGAGAAAAGCUCCUAAGCCAAAGGAGCUAUUUUUUUCCACUUCUUUUUUUUUUUUUAAACCUUUCUGGAAAUCUCAGUAAACUUGGCAAGACUGACCUGGCCACCGCAGCCAGCUUGGAGCACUGCCAGAUAACCAAUGUCCAACCAUGUUUCUCGACUAAUAGGGCAGGAUCAUGGAUUUUCCUGGUCACUUUGAACAGAUUUUCCAGCAGCUGAACUACCAGAGACUUCAUGGCCAGCUCUGCGAUUGUGUCAUUGUAGUGGGGAAUAGACAUUUCAAAGCCCACCGUUCUGUGCUGGCAGCAUGCAGCACACAUUUCCGAGCUCUGUUCUCAGUGGCAGAAGGAGAUCAGACCAUGAAUAUGAUCCAGCUUGAUAGCGAGGUAGUGACAGCAGAGGCCUUUGCUGCACUGAUUGACAUGAUGUAUACCUCCACCCUCAUGCUGGGGGAGAGCAAUGUUAUGGAUGUCUUAUUGGCAGCCUCUCACCUGCAUUUGAACUCUGUUGUUAAGGCAUGUAAACAUUACCUUACAACAAGGACACUGCCCAUGUCUCCCCCCAGUGAGCGCAUACAGGAGCAGAGCGCCCGCAUGCAGCGCUCCUUUAUGCUGCAGCAGCUGGGACUAAGCAUUGUGAGCUCAGCCCUCAAUUCUAGCCAGAGUGGCGAGGAACAGCCAGCCUCCAUGAGCUCAUCGAUGCGCAGUAACAUGGACCAGCGCACGCCCUUCCCUAUGAGACGCCUUCAUAAGCGCAAGCAGUCUGCAGAGGAGCGGGCCAGGCAGCGCCUCCGGCCCUCCAUGGAUGAGUCUGCCAUUUCAGAUGUCGCACCAGAGAACGGGCCUUCAGGGGUUCAUUCCCGGGAGGAGUUCUUUUCACCAGAUUCUCUGAAAAUUGUGGAUAAUCCUAAACCUGAUGGAAUGACUGACAACCAGGAAGACAGUUCUAUCAUGUUUGACCAGUCUUUUGGUGCUCAAGAAGAUGCCCAGGUGCCCAGCCAGUCUGACAACAGUGCCAGCAACAUGGCACAAUUGUCAAUGGCCUCCCGUGCAACUCAGGUUGAGACUAGUUUUGAGCAGGAAGCGGCAACUGAGAAAAGUGGUUUCCAGUGUGAAAAUGCUGAGGUUGGUCUUGGUGAGAAGGAGCACAUGAGAGUGGUGGUUAAAUCUGAGCCCCUGAGCUCGCCUGAGCCUCAAGAUGAAGUGAGCGAUGUGACUUCCCAAGCAGAAGGCAGCGAGUCUGUGGAAGUGGAAGGAGUGGUGGUCAGUGCUGAGAAGAUAGACCUUAGCCCUGAAAGCAGUGAUCGGAGUUUUUCAGAUCCCCAGUCCAGCACAGACAGGGUAGGUGACAUCCACAUUUUGGAAGUCACAAAUAACCUUGAACAUAAGUCCACGUUUAGUAUUUCAAAUUUUCUCAACAAGAGCAGAGGAAGUAACUUCAGUGCAAAUCAGAACAAUGAUGAUAACAUCCCAAACACCACUAGCGACUGCCGGCUGGAAGGUGAGGCCCCGUACUUGCUGAGUCCGGAAGCUGGGCCUGCAGGCAGCUCCUCCUCUGCCCCUGGCUCCCAUGUGGAGAACCCAUUCAGUGAGCCAGCAGACUCACACUUUGUCAGGCCCAUGCAGGAGGUGAUGGGCCUGCCAUGUGUGCAGACCUCAGGCUACCAGGGAGAGCAGUUUGGGAUGGAUUUUUCCAGGUCUGGUUUGGGACUCCAUUCCUCCUUUUCCAGAGUAAUGAUGGGUUCCCCAAGAGGAGGAGCCAGUAACUUUCCAUACUACCGCCGCAUAGCUCCCAAAAUGCCAGUUGUAACAUCCGUCAGGAGUUCACAAAUGCCAGAAAACUCUGCCACUUCCCAACUAAUGAUGAAUGGGGCCACGUCCUCAUUUGAAAAUAGCCAUCCCUCCCAGCCUGGCCCUCCGCAGUUGACCAGGGCAUCUGCUGAUGUCCUGUCAAAGUGCAAGAAGGCCUUAUCAGAGCACAAUGUCUUGGUUGUAGAGGGAGCUCGCAAGUAUGCCUGCAAAAUCUGCUGCAAAACUUUUCUGACUUUGACAGAUUGCAAGAAGCACAUCCGUGUUCAUACAGGUGAAAAGCCGUAUGCCUGCCUGAAGUGUGGCAAGAGGUUUAGUCAGUCCAGCCACCUGUAUAAACAUUCGAAAACUACUUGCCUGCGGUGGCAGAGCAGCAACCUUCCCAGCACUUUGCUCUAACUGUCCUCAUGAGAAAUGCCAGGGCGAGUUGUAGGACUGACGCUGAAAUCACUUGGUGGGCAGUUAAUGCCUUUGGGUUAGAGGCUUCAGCUGCCCUGUGGCUCUUGCAAAUUCCAGCUGUUAAGUGGAAAACUGUUACAGGUAGCACUUGGCUGUGGUGUUUCUGAGUGAAGUGCACGCCUUGGGAAUGAGAUGCAGUAGAUCCUUGGAAUCAAGUUCUUCCUUAGGGUUGAGUAAUACAGUCAUAAAGUAGUUUGUAAUUGAUGUUGUUAAAAGUGGCACACUUAAAAAUUAAAAAUGGAAGUGCAAACAACUUUUUUAGCAAUUUUUGUAAAGCUCUGUGAAGGAUUUAAUUAAAUUUCCUAUACCCCCUGAUGGGAAUAUUAUAUCCCUGUACAGUGAUGCAAAAUGCACUUAAUGUGUAACCAGUGGUGACUUGGUGCCUGUCUGAAAGGAAGACCCUUGAGGACAUGCCUGUCUGCCACAAAUGCUUUAAAUCCUGAGCUAGUCCUAGGCCUCAGAAAGUACUGUAUUUUUUAUUUUUGUCUGAGUUGCAGUCACAGACACUGCACUUUGAUGGUGCUGACACUGGGUCCAGGCGAGCCUUCUCUUGGACUAAUAGGUGUAUAUACUUCUGAGUCUGUUGAGUAGAUGUAUUAACAGUUUUUCCCCCUGGUUUUAAAGACAGAGUUGUAAAUGGAGUAUGUACUUGUAGGAAGUGACAAGUAAGGUAUUAUUUCUGUGUGGCUGUUUUAGCAGAACUUUAACCAACUUGUGUUACGAAUGUUACAGUCACAUGUUCAGAAGUCACAAAAAAGCUAGUUGUUUGUCUUUGUUCUGAUGAUGUGGAGUCAUGUUUUGUGGCGAUUUCAUGACCCAUUGCUGUUCGCUCCAUCAGACACUGAAGGCCAGUGCAGCCUGACACAUUCCACCUGAGGACAGGCCUGUUUUCCACCGUUCCUUCAUGCUCCCCUUCUCUGUAUGGCCUCUCUCCCUAGAUUACUGUUUUCAGUUACAAACUAACCAAAAAUAAUGUCACCUCCCAUGGGUUUUUAUUACUGUUAUAUACUAUUUAAAAGUGUAGACCUUUAACUUUAUUGUUGCUCCCUCAACCCAAUCCUGGGGAUUUAAAAUUGUUUGAAAUCCAAACGUAGUACCAUUCACAGAUUAGUCUUUUCCAGGCUCUGUAAGGGAUGAGGCAGCCCGUAGCACAGAAGUCACCCAGUAGCAUCUGAGACUGCGGGACAGGCAUUUGAGUCACUGCCCAGGGCCUCCCAGGGCCUCUGGCCUCACUUCCCUCACCUACCUUGCUGUCCUGUGCUGUCAUGGCGGUUGGUGGCACCCAUUUUGACCAUCCCCUGACUCGUGUACAGGGGAACAGCCCAGGUUCAUGUAUCUCUGUAGAGUUCAGUUUAGCUCAUGAACACACGAGUUCAUUUUGUUUUUAUACAACUUUCUCAGAAAUAAGCCGUUGUGCAUAAGUCAGAGAAUUUAUUCAGUUAUGUUUAGAAAGCUAAGUAUUUAUAUGUAAUUUAAAACAAAAGUGUGUCUUCUGCCCUUAAUAUAGUAUGUACAGCACACAUCUGUGGAUAAAUCUAAUGUUCAUAGAAGGCUUGGCAUCUCCUCUGAACUGAUCCCCAGGAGGAAAGCUCACAAGGAAACCUGUAGCUCCUCUGGGUAGAUGUGGCGGACCAUUGGAGGAUACAUGGUCACUUGUGAAAUUCAGUUCUUUGUGGCUCAUUGUCAGCUGUCCUGUCCUGACGUGAUGCAAGCAGCAUGAUGUAGGGACCAGGGUCCUGUGAGGAGACUGACCUAGGGAGUCGGGUGGGUCAGCAUGGGGAAUGAGAGUUCUGCCUGGGCCUGGGACAAGGAGCCAGUGACACAGGCAGGGCAGCUGUCCUUCCCUGCCGUCUUUCAGAGGUGGUACCGGGAGCUUCCUCCUCACCCCUGCUCAGGCAGAAGUGAACUUGCCUUUUAGGCUUGUCUCUGACACACCAGAGUCCUGCCUCUCCACUGCUAGAUGGAACCUGGAAUCUCUCAUCUACCUCUUAAAAUCAGUUUCUAUGUGUGAGAAGUAAACUUGUGGGCCAGUGUCCUGGAUCAUGCUAUAGCACUUAAAAAAUAACUCCAAGGUUCCCUGGAAAACCAGGGUUCCUAUGGUCUAGAGUUUCUACUUGGAUUCUAACUGGUACUGGGGACCUAAGUAUUGAUUGGUUAGCCUUAAUUUUAGCCUGGCAUAAUCAUAAUCUUUCCUGGUGAUAACAGCAAAAAGUUUUGUCAGGGCACCUAUGUCAGUGGUGCUGUGCUGGUUUAAAUUUGAGAUUUUGAAAUAAAACAUUUGUCAUACCCA